AGCCGCGGGUACUUGGCCAGCGGUUUACAAAGACAAACAAAAUGGCGGCGAAGAAGACGAUACAAGUCAACGAAUCUUCUAUUGUAGAUCUCAAAGCCGAGUUAUUUCGAAAAGAGCUGGUAUUUCGUAAAGAAUCGGAAACAACUUCACGCGUAAAGUCACAAGGGAGUAAGAAACCACCAGUGUGGACCAAGCAGAAGAAAGAACAACCUACUGGGAAACAUGUGCCACCCAAAGACCCUGAGGAGAGUUCAGAACAAGAGAAGGCUCUACAGAAAUCUAGGAAAAUGCUGGAAGCAAAAGCUGCCUUGUAUGAGAAGAUGGAGAAAGGAGAUGUGCAGGAUGAUGGCGAUGAUGAAUCCGGAGCAGGGAGUAGAUUUCUUGUCGAUUUCCAUAAGAAAGUUUAUACAAAGGAGCAACAAGUUAAAUCUGAUGAGGAUGACUCAUGUACUGGUCCUAUUCCCCCAGCGGACUCGCCUGCUGAAGAAUGGGUGGAGUAUGUUGAUUCUCUUGGGAGAUCAAGAAAAUGCUUGCGAAAAGAUUUACCUGAUCUCCAGAAGAGAGAUCGAGAGUUAAACCCCAGAAGGAGCACAAGUCCACCCACCCUCCUGUCAGAUGACAUGCGCCGAGAGAUGAUGCGUCAAAAGUGGGAGAAGCAAGAACAAGAGGCGAUGGAGCGGCCUGUAGGACCCGUCCAUUAUCAGAACAUCCAGUAUGAUGAGGUUCGCGCUCAUGGAGUUGGCUACUACCAGUUUUCUACGGACGAAACCGAGAGGUCGAAGCAGAUGGAGACGUUACGAAAGCUUAGAGAUGAGACGUUGGACCAACGCUCACGGACAGAGAAAAUAAAGGAGAAAAGAAAAGCCGCACUGGAGGCAAGGCUUGCUAAAGUACGAGCAAGGAAGAGGCUGAAGACCGGCGACUCUGAUGAGAACAAAGUCGGGCCCGAGGAGUCUGAGCGGGAGGUCUCAGACGCCGGUGAUGACACAACGUCUUUAGUUAACCAUGCGAAAGAGGAUGUUGAACGUUUAAAUGGUGAAGAACAACGCGACAGAAAAACAACAGGGAAGAAAAAUGAAAUUCCAGAAUGGGCAAGGCAUCGAGUAGAACAAACGGACCGUAGGCGACCAUUGCAUCUAAGAGAAGAGGAGCGUGACCCCGACUUUGCGCCACCUUCUUUCUACUACCAGAAAAACACCCCCAGGGCAACUCGACAGGGACGCGAGCAAGCCUCAGAUAGGCAGCAAGCUCCGCCCACUCCGCCUCCGCCAGUCACACAAAGGACAGAACAUGAGAAUACAAAUUUACCAGAUAGUCCUUAUACUGAUCAGAUUCGCAUGCACUACCCUCCCUACCCACCCCCCCCUUUGCUCCCAUUCCCACCCUACUCCACCCCUCCUGCGACAAACUCAAAUGCAAGCACGAAUAUUCCCCCAAACCUACCCCCACCCCCACAGGAGGCCUACCAUCCCUACCAUCCACCCCACGGUUUUGCAAUUACCCCUCCUGGAACAAGCUUCAACCAACCUACUAUGAAUGUACUCCCAAACCUACCCCCACCCCCACAGAAGGCCUACCAUCCCUACCAUCCACCCCACGGUUUUGCAAUUACCCCUCCUGGAACAAGCUUCAACCAACCUACUAUGAAUGUACCCCCAAACCUACCCCCACCCCCUUGGGAGGCCUACAAUUACUGUCACCCACCCAUUGCCGGAAAUAUGUUUUUGUAUCCGCCGCCAGCUAUGCCUCCAAAACUUCAAAGUGGUUCACAGUGGCAGCAAAAUGGAUCGUCCAAUCAGGAGGCGAGUACGACAUCACAAGCUUACGGAUAUACAAAUGAACCUAGUGAACCAGCCAAUCCUCAAACACGAGGUGACAUGAGGCCCCUUAUUGAAAAGGAUCCUGGUGUGACCCUAAGCGGUAAUCGAAAGACAAUACCUUCUGCUGAUAAGGUCGCCGAAUUUGUAGAGAGUUUUAGACAUUAGGGUUUUACGGAUUGUAUAUGAAGAGCUAUAUAUACUGAAAUUACAUUUGAAAAUUAAAUCAAUUGUCACAUAA